AUGGCCUUCAGCUCAAGAACAUCAGAAUUUCGCCAAAUGGUGCGCCAGAGAGCGGGAGAUGCACCGGACCCCAAGCGUCGUAGGCUCUCUCGGUCGGAGAAGCGCUCGACCCCAGAAAGCGAGAAGCAGGAGUUGUUGAACAAGGAAUAUGUUAAGGAGGCAUACAACAUCCUAAAUCACAUAAGCACCCUCACUCGCAUGCUCACCUCCGUACGUAAAGCGUACUUGAACGUCGAUACCCGGAAUCCGCCGCUACUACGACAGGCAACCCGGACCAUCGACAUCACAGGAGGAGACCAGUCAUGGAGCGACGUCCGCAGUCUGACGAACGAGGAGCGGGACCAGAUUGAUCUGCAGGCUCGGGUCAUCCUCUCUCGGUGUAAGGACCGUGUCGCACAGCUCGAGGAAGUGGAGAAGCGCCGAGUGGAGCUCGCCGCGAGUCGACAAAAUCCCCUCGUCCGCUUCCUCCCCGCCCGCCUCCGCCAAGACGACGCGACGGCAACGUCCGACUUCGUCGCCGCCCACCAUUCCUCCAUUACAUGGUUCCUCUCGCGCCGACUCGCCGAGACCGGCCAGCACCUGCGCGAUAUGCAAGAGGAGCGUAUGAAGCGGCAAAUGGAGCGCACACGCACCCUCGGGUCGGGGGCGACACGGGAGGCAGUCUUCCUCGGGGCGAACCAGUCAAACCUCACGCCGCCGUCUCCUGCCGAGUCAUCUGCGAGCGGGAGCUGGCUGGGCAAUGCGUCAAAUCUGGCGUCGAGUUUCGCAGCAAGCAUCGGGUCGUCGGCUUCGCCAUUCGAGCCGUCGCAUUCAGCUUCAACGAUCAAACCCGGAACGGGUGCCGCAGCGGGUAGCGACUGGAUGUCAGAGACAGACGAGGAGGAGUUGGAGCUGAGCGCAUCGCAGAUCCAGCAGUUCGAGGAGGAGAACGCGAACAUCCUGCAGUCGGUGCAGGAUACCCUCCAGUCGGUACAGCAGGCCGAGGCGCGGCUCAUGGAGAUCAGCGCGCUUCAAAUGGAGCUCGUCGCACACCUCACGAAGCAGACGGAGCAGACGGAGCAGCUGUAUGAAGACGCGAUUGCCACUGCCGCGACAGUCGAGAAGGGCAACGAGCAGCUCAAGGAAGCACGACGGAGGGCACGGGACGGGCGGAAGUGGAUCCUGCUCUUCCUCAUCGGAGCUAGUCUGUCGUUACUGUUCUUGCACUAUUACUGA